AUGAUCUCAUUCAAGUGGGUGCCAAUAGCCUUACAACACCAACAAGGCAACCGUGGGCUCAUUUCGGCGGUGUGUUGUCUUGCAUGUGUCCUAACAACGGGAUAUUGUGCAUCCGCGAGCCACUCAAUACUGCUCAUGUCAGCUCUGUGGAUCUCAAUAUUCGCAUUCUGCUCGCAACUAGCUUCUCUCUAUUCCAUGUCGAUUACAUCGAAGGCAACCGCUAAAUAUAGUUAUGGAUUAGCUCGAGCUCCAGUGCUUGCUGUGUUCAGCUCAACGGUACUUGCGCAACUCUUCUCCAUUUUCCUAUCAAAAGAAUCAUUCGAGCAUUUGCUUUCUCCCGAUCAUCACGGCUCGCACGAUGCUCCAGCUCAUGAGCACGAGUCCGAUCAAAUCGGAUCAUGGCCCUACUUCGUCGGCGCCGUUUCAACAUCUCUUGGUCUUCUGCUCGCCGCAUUUACCCACAAGAACCAACCAUUUCAACAUGUGCUCACUUCGGCAACGAGCUCCAGCCUUCAAGAGCACGCCGCCGAUUUGUCGCACGCAAUCUGCUGGAUUAUUCCCGGCCUUUCCAGACUUCUUCUACCAAGAAUCAACGCGAUGGUGCUGUUGGCCAGCGUGACCUCAUCACUCCUACUACUCUGCGAGCAUUUCAAGCACGAUUUCGAAUGGGCCGAUCCUGUAUGCUGUCUGAUCCUAUCGGUCGCUGUUUUUUCGACAAUGUGGCCGCUCUCCACCUACACCGGAAUGAUUUUGUUGCAAACAACACCUCGACACCUAAUAAACCAAAUCGACAGAUGCAUCUCAGAAGCGUCUACAAUCGAUGGUGUGCUCGAAUUAAAGGGUGGAAGAUUCUGGCAGCUCGAUUUCAAUCAAUUGGUCGGAACGAUUGACGUUCGAGUCCGACGUGACGCCGAUGAGCAAAGUGUUCUCUUAUCAGUCACCGAAAAGCUUUCCUCAGUGAUUACUGUUUUAACAGUUCAGGUUGUGAAAGACGCAGCUUGGUCAACCGGUGCAGAUCACUACCAAAAACCCGCACAAAUCACGCACGCCGCUCCUAAUCACGGUCACAGCCACGACCAUGGGCAUUCGCACGAUCACGGUCAUGAUCACGGACAUUCACAUGAUCACGACCAUUCUCACGAUGAAGGUGGAAUGUACCGGAGUGUUGUGCGAUGCGCUACCAAUUCGAGGAAGGCGAUGAUCGAGAAGAUCAUUCGCGUCGAUCAUGCCGGCGAAUUGGGAGCCGACCGUAUUUACGCCGGUCAAAUGGCCGUUUUACAAGGAUCUUCGGUGGGUUCUGUCGUCAAGAAAAUGUGGGACGAGGAGAAGGAGCAUCUCGACAUCAUGGAGAAGCUCGCGUUGAAGUACGAUGUGCCGCGCACCAAAUUAUCGCCGGUUUUUAGUCUAGCCGGCUACGCGCUCGGAGUUGGAAGCGCCUUGUUGGGAAAAGAAGGCGCGAUGGCGUGCACAAUCGCCGUCGAAGAGCUCAUCACCCAACAUUACAACGAUCAAUUAAAAGAACUGCUCGCCGAUGAUCCUGAAGAGCAUAAAGAGCUAUUAAAAAUUCUCACAAAACUUAGAGAUGAUGAAAUGGAGCAUCACGACACCGGUGUAACACACGACGGGAAAAAGGCUCCCGCGUUCGAAGCACUCAAAUGGGUGAUUCAAACCGGCUGUAAAGGAGCAAUCGCGAUCGCCGAGAGAUUCUAG